UUAUUUAAUGCAUUUAAUAUUUAAAAACCAAUUUAUAUUUGAUCCAGUUGUAUCGAGUAUGCAUUUAUUACUUGAGUUCAUCACUUUACUUUUGAAUAUUAUUGACCGUGGAGGUAAGCGUAGUUAACAGGUUGUUCAUGAGUCAGUUGUUAUGAAGUCAUGCCAGUGAGUGCUUGUUUUCUCGCUAAAAUGUUUGUAUCAAUCGAUAAGUUAUUUUAAAAUUGAGUGAAUUUCAAUCAAAAAUCGAUUUCUGUUUUCUACAGUACAACGCAAAUAUUUUCAGUUAAACGAGAUUUAAAAAAAAUGUCAGAGUAUUGUGAGUUCAUGUGGGAUCCAACACGCAGUUAUGUUGAUCUUGCAAUGCCCAGGACUAUUAAUGAUGAAGAAACAAGAAUGGAAGCCAAAGAUAAAAAAUUAGCGAUUGAAAUGGUUCGAACAAUUUUACGAGGAAUGCCCGAAGUAGAUCUGAAGGUCUGCACUGAUGAAUAUAUAACACGAUUCCUGUUAGCCCGGAGGUAUCACAUAGAACAAACCGCUUCACUAAUAGCCGCUUAUCAAGCUCAAGUAUUACAUCGGCAAGAUAUUUUCGGAAAUUUGACUGCACGUGAUCCAGCUUUGCAACGUGCUCUUCGAGCUGGUAUACCAGGAGUACUUCCAGCACGUGAUAAGAAAGGCCGAUGCGUUCUGAUAAUUUUGACUUCCCAAUGGGAUCCUAUUGCCGUACCAGUAUUAUCAAUUCAACGCGCCAUAUUUUUGGUUCUUGAAAUUCUUAUUCAGGAUUUUCGUAAUCAGCAAUCCGGAUUCGUUAUAAUAGUAGAUUGGAGUGGGUUUUCAUUACGUCAUGGAAAAGCUUUUGGAACAUAUGCUCUACGAAGCUUGAUAACUUCUCUUCGUGGAAAAUUCCCAGCAAGAUUCAAGGCCAUCCAUUUUUUGUCACCUCCAUUAUAUGUGCAAGCAACUCUUGCACUCGUAAAACCUUUUCUUGACGAAAAAGUGCGACACAAGAUUUAUCUCCAUGGGAAUAAUCUCAGCACUUUGCAUGAGCAUUUACAAACUGACAUUCUACCUUCUGAAUUCGGAGGAACAGGACCUGCCUUUAAUCCAAGCCUCUGGGCAGAACCAGUUAUUCAUUCCGCAAUGAAAGAAGUGGAAAUUUCUGUAAUGGAACGAGAUAAAAAUAGUAAAAAAAUUUUGGAAAAUCCAAAAUCUACACUUCAAUCGCUCAUGUGAUAGUAAAAAAUAAAUAAAUAUCAUUGAAAAAGUAAAAACACUUAGUCAGAAUUUCCAUUAUCAUUAUUAAAAAUUUUUUAUUCUAAAUAAGACUGUAUUUUUAAUAUUCCUGGUUGAGAAAUCCGA